AUGGUUUUGAAUUCUUAUGGGGUAACUACUUGGGUUUGCAGCUUCUCGUUUCUUCUUCAGAUCUCUGAGCAGACACACACACUCAAAUGUGACUCAACGAAGGCGAAGAAGGUGGAGAUGGAGAUGACGGACUGUGGUGGUCGAACGGUGGUGGUGGCGGAAGAUUUUCUGGAGAGUGAAUUUUCCUUCGAGAGAUUCUGAUGUGUUUUUGAUGGAGAGCUCGGUGAGGAAGAUGAUGGAAGAGAGGGUAUGUUGGUUGUUAUCUUGAGAGAGAGAGAGAGAGAGAGAGAAGAGAGAGAGAAGAGACAGAGAGAAAUAUUUUCUUUUAUUUUUUAUAUUUUUUUAGUUAUAAAAUAAUUAAAUAACAAAAAGAAAAUCAAAAAACAAAUAGAAAAGGGCAAAUUCGUCAUUUUUAGAUAUUUUAAACUGUUUUGGA